CGUGAAUUUACUCCGCGCUUACCUCGCUCUUUACCUCAACGACGACGACGACGAUCAGAGCCAAAGAUCUUCGUUAUGGUGUCGCAGCAAGAAUGAUGUUCUCCCGCAACGUCACGCCUAUGGGUUUAAGCUUUCUCUUAUCCCUAACGGUCUUUGCUUCCAACACCUUGGCUAUCCCCUGCUACGUAGAUCCCGAAUAUAUAUACGAGUCAUUCACCGUCUCAAGCCAAGCAGAACUGAACAAAGCGGUUGAGGGCUGCACUUCGAUUAUUGGUAUCCUUAUUAUUGGGGUCAAUUACACAGGACCCUUCUCCCUCCCCUUUAUUACGUCCAUUAGCGAAGGGAUCAGGACAGAAUACGAUUAUACAACCGGCAAUAUCACGGACUCGCUUACAUCUGUCGAUGCUGAACAUCUCACAUCUAUAGGCUACGUGUCCCUCACAUAUUCUCCAAAGCUCGCAAAAAUAUCGUUUCCAAAUCUAUCCAAUGUUACUUCUGGUAUUGAACUCGAGGGGAUUGGAGAAUCUGCAUCUGUAGACUUUCCGUCAUUGAAGGUCGCGCCUGCAGAUUUGAGACUCUCUGGCUACAUUGGGACUAUCAACUUUCCGAUUCUAGCAGAAGUCGGUGGUACCUUGCACGUAGCUAACGACAAUGAGCAUAGCGUAUGGAAUGAGGUCAACUACGUGCAUGAUUAUAAAAGAAGCUACCCUCAAAGCAGCUACCCUUUUUUGGAUGUCGGCUUUCCUGCACUGCAGAACGCUUCAUCACUUGAAAUCAAGGGAAAUAUAUCAAGCAUAAAUUUGCCACAACUUUCUGUAAUAACUAUGGACUACGGAAAAGAAGACAUGAAACAUGGGGUGUCUAUAUCAGCAAGCACGCAUCCAUUGAAUAUUACCCUACCUAAUCUUUCAGAGUCAUCAUUCAUUUCUCUUUCUGGAGAAAUUGGAAGCUUUUCCUUCCCGAAGCUUCUUAGCACCGGCUCCCUCAAGGUCGAUGCGUCUGCUCCUUUAAGCGUCAACAUUACUCCGUUAGUGACAACGGAUACGCUGGCAUUGUCUGGGAAUAUCACUGGACUAUCAUUGUCAUCACUUGAGCAUGUUGGCGAAGUAAACAUCAAUAGUAAAGAGGUUCUUGAUUGUUCUCCUGCCAUUGCUGCGUGGGAAGGUGCCAAUCAUUCGAUCCCAGAUGACAAGUUCAAAUGCACUGGGCAGAAAGCCCCGCCGCCGAAGAAAACUUUUCCGAAGGCCGCGAUAGUAGCGAUUAGCAUUGUCAUCCCACUCGUGAUUAUCAUCACACUUGUCUUGUUAUACAUACAAAAAAGAAAGAAGGCUAUUUGGAGGCGAGACGCGGCGCCACCCCCAGAGUAUGACAUCGCAUUAGAGGCACUUCCAAAGUACUCCCCGCGAGAAGAUGGGGGAAGUGUGAAUCAAUCCCCGCGAGAAGAUGGGGGGAGUGUCAAUGGUCCUGGAAGUGUACAGGGCUCUGAAAGCGUGGCUAGUACACAACCGUUAGAAAGGAGAAAUGGUGUAUAAUAUGGUGACUUUGUUGGCGUAUAUAGGUUCGAAGUAUCGAAGCUACCAUGGAUAUUUUGCCGAGUCACUGGUGUCGAAGAUAGACUAAUAUAAUGUUAAUG